GCUCAACUGGUGUCCCGUGCUACUUGUCAGCUGUCACAUGCUCACAAUAAAUGGUUAAUAGUAUUUCGUCCCUUAAAAAUUAGUUGUAAACAUUGACGUUUCUUUUUUAUUUAUUAUAAUCGUUUACUGAUAUAAUCAAUUUUUAACUGUUAUUAAUUAGAAGUGUUACUUAUAUUUACAAAACUAUGAAUACCGAUCAACGUGGUAUAAUUCUUAAUCUUCACGAAAUUGGUGCAUUGAAAUUUGGCACUUUUCAGUUAAAAUCUGGAGAAACGUCUACAUUUUAUAUAGAUUUGAGAGUGAUCGUUUCAUAUCCUAAAUUACUCCAACAAAUAUGCUCACUUGUGUCGGUUACAAUACAAAAAGACAUUGAUGAAAAAAUUCCGACACGACUAUGUGGCGUACCUUACACAGCUCUUCCUAUCGCUACAGUAGUAUCAAUCAACACUAACCUACCGAUGUUGAUAAGAAGAAAAGAGGCAAAAUUGUAUGGUACUAAAAAACUGAUCGACGGUGAGUAUUCAUGUGGCGAUGAUGUGAUUGUGAUUGAAGACGUUAUUUCUAGUGGUGCUAGUAUUCUGGAAACUGUAGAGGAUUUGGAAAAAAGCAAUUUAAAUGUAUCGCGUGUUAUAGUGUUAGUUGACAGACAACAAGGAGGAUUACAGCGUUUAUCUAAUAAAGGACUGAACAUUACGAGUAUAUUCACAAUUACACAAAUUGUAGAUAUUUUAAAACGGGAAGGUAAAAUAAGUGAAGAGAAACAUAAAAAUGUUUUAGACUACAUAAAAAAUCAUCAAAUUAAAAAUGACGACAGUGAUAUGAUUUUGAGAACAAAACUAGCAUUUCAACAGCGAGCAGAAUUGGGAGAAACGUCAAAAAUUACUCAAAAAAUCCUAAAGUUAAUUAUAGAAAAGAAAACUAAUUUAUGUGUUGCGGCUGAUGUAGAAUCAGCUGAUCAACUUUUAAAAAUUGCAGAACAAGUAGCUCCACAUAUUUGUAUUUUGAAAACUCAUAUUGAUGCAGUCAUUGGAGUUACCGAAUCCACUAUCAAACAUUUGCAACAGUUAGCUAAACAAUAUAAUUUCUUAAUCAUGGAAGACAGAAAAAUGGCAGAUAUUGGCAAUACUGUCAAAUUGCAGUACAAGAAACUUGUUAAGUGGGCUGACUUAGUUACGGUGCAUAGCGUUUCGGGUGGAUUAAUGUUGAAAGGUAUCCUAGAAGAGGUGCAACAAACUGAUUUACUGGACAAAAGAGGCGUGUUUAUUAUAGCCGAACUAAGUUGCGAAGGAAAUUUAAUAUCGCAACAGUACACUAAAGAUACCGUAAAAAUAGCUGAAGACUAUAAAGAUAUUGUCGUUGGUUUAGUUUGCCAAACUAACGGCGUUUUACCGUCGCCUAGUUUACUACAGUUGACUCCCGGUGUUAACAUAACAAGUUCUGGAGAUAGUCUCGGUCAAAAAUAUCAAACCCCUAGCGACAUUAUUUUAACCAAAGGAGCAGAUAUUGCAGUAGUCGGUCGAGGUAUUUACGAAGCUACCAAUCCCGCCGAAACUGCUAAAUAUUACAAAGAAUCAUUAUGGAACACUUACUUGGAACGAGUUUCAAAUCAGUGAAAUUCAAGUUUUUAACUCAAAUACUAUUUUCGCUAUACUUUUGAUACAAUUGUUAUAUUAUGUUUUGGAUGCUCAUCAAUUUAUGUUUAGUUGUUAUAUUAAAUUACCAUAUGACUGUAAUAGGUAAAAUAACAUUUGUUUUGAAAAAUUAUUUUUAUUUUU